AUGAGGCCAGAUUGUCCAAAAAUGAACAACGGAACUGGAGUUAUUCAUCUUUUCAUGCACAUUUUGGGCUUCACCCACGAAUCAAGCCGAUAUCACAGAGAUCUUCACAUGGGCGUCACGGAGAAAUUUGCGAAAACGACGGAGUUUUACAAAUUUCCUCUUGAUGAAAAGGAAAUCUACGUCGAUUAUGAUUUCCACUCAGUUCUUCAUCACCCGGCCGAUGGUUUGCCAAACAUCCACCACCCUUCCCGACCAAGUCAACUCGCUCCUGUUGAUCUUCACAAGCCAUUCUCCGCCGCCGAUCUUGUCAAGAUCAACUUCAAGUACCCGUGUCCAUCGAAAAACGACUGCCUCCAAAACCCACCUCCCUGCGGCCAUGGGUUGAACAAAUGCGAAGAAACGAUCGACGGAUUCAACUGCAUUUGCGCCGACGGUUUCGAACUCAGAGAUUCGGCCUGUGUGGACGUCAACGAAUGCGUCGAUCCUGAUUUGAAUACUUGCUCGAACCCGGGAGACUGUAUCAACACUGAAGGCGGAUUUCGCUGCGAGCAGAAAAAGAUCGACAUUGUCUGGCUCAUCGACGGAACUGGCUCCUACACGGGAUAUCAAAACGAUGCAAAGAAAGCGUUCAAGGAUCAAGUUCUAUUUCUCAAUAAUCUUCAAAGAAACGACCCAAAUACGCCGAUUUUGAGUUUCGCAUGGAUGACAUCGUCGACAAACAAGGUUUAUCAGGCUGGACUGGCUUUGAAAGAAGUUGAUAAGUACUCAUUUGGAAGCUCUUUCGAUUCAGCUUUUUCGAAGAUAAACGAUAUGUAUGGCGGCGGUGAUGCUCCAGAAGAUCCGCUGCUCGGAAUCAUCUUCACCAUGACAGAUCCCGCCGUCAACUGGGACCCCGAUUCAAUCAAACAGGUCCACAUUUUCACCGACAUCGAUUACCACCACGAUUCCUUGUCUUCCCGACAUCCUCCACUUCAAAAAUGGACGUCACAGCCUUCUUCUCUUUAUACUUUUUACGAUCGAGAUUUGGCAAAUGACUUUACUUUCGGCUUCGUCAGAGAUUUGGGGAAAUCUUAUGUGGAUUUUAUUCACAGGCCGGAAAUUGCUAUUGAUCAGCUUUAUUUCAACGUCGCUGGAUCUACCUCGGCAAUCAGAGCCUACGACUACUUCACGAAGGGCAUUUCCGGCACCCUCGAAGAUUGGAUGCCUGUUUAUCCGACAAGAUCAAACGAAGAAAUGAAAUUCAAUCCAAAUGCUUACAAAAGAAAUAUUUCGGAACACAAUAACCAGAGUUUUUAA